AUGUUUAGAACGAAUUCAGGAUCUAUCCAUGUCAAAUGCUCCUCUUUGAAAGGGGAGCAUACAAAGAAUGUAGUAGUUAAAAUGUGCGGCAUAACUUCAGCCCGAGAUGCAGCAAUGGCUGCUAAUGCUGGUGCCAACCUGAUUGGCAUGAUUCUUUGGCCCAAUUCAAAGCGUUCUGUGCCGCUGACCACCGCAAAAGAGAUUUCGCGAGUCGCUCGAGACAAUGGAGCUGAGCCCGUUGGAGUCUUCGUUGACGACAACCUCGAUGCAAUUCUCCGAGCAGCUGAGACUUCAGAGAUCGAGUUUGUGCAGGUACCCAGAUAGUAUGAUAAAUAGUCCAGCUUCAUGGUGAUGGGUCUGAGAGUAUUCAGCUGGUGCAGCUUCAUGGUGAUGGGUCUCGGGCAGCGCUUCCGAUGCUGUUGUCCCUGAAAAAACGAAUAAUAUAUGUUCUGCAUGCCAACGACGAUGGGCAGCUUCUCAACGAUGUGGGUGAGGAAGAGUCUUCUCAAGUUGAUUGGCUGUUGGUGGACAGUGCAAAAGGCGGCAGGUUUAGAGCUUCAAUAUUUUAUCAUCCCCGUCAUUUCAUUAGCAUGGAGCUUCAAAAAAAAAAAAUCCCAUAUUUUUCCAUCCUAUAUAUAUACAUAUAUGUGCAUUCUCAUCAUAUAGUUUAUGUGUCAAGGUUCCCAAAAUGUCGGUUUAUUUUAAAUCUUAUUUCAACUAUUUAUUCCUCAUUUUAGGUGCUUAAUAUCUAAUAAUGGGAUAUAUAAAUAUAUAUGCAAACAAGGGUUUAUGCCAUUAUAUAUAAAUAUAUAUAUUAUAGUUUAUGUGCUAAGGUUCCCAAAAUGUCGGUUUAUUUAAGUCUUAUUUUGAACCAUUUAUUUAUUCAUUUUAUUCCUUGUUAUAAUUCCAUUCCUCUAUUGUUUGCAGCGGCAAAGGGUUUGACUGGAAGAGGUUCCGGGUGCCAUCUGUUCGGAGCAAACAAGGGUGGCUUCUGGCCGGAGGUCUCAGGCCAGAGAACGUUUCUGAAGCUAUCUCUACUCUCGGACCCGACGGAGUCGACGUCAGCAGCGGCAUCUGUGCCCCAGACGGCCUUCGAAAGGACCCAACCAGGAUAUCUUCCUUCAUGAGCUCCGUAGCCUCGACGCAGCAGCUCUUUUGA